AUGAUUCGGAAUCUUGGAUUUCUAUAUGGAUUGAUUGUGUCUACGAAUUGCAUGGUUCUGCACCAAGCGCAAUUUCCCGUGUACUUACCGAUCCAGUUUCAACUGCAGCCGCCGAACUACGACUUUGCUUACGAAGUGAACGACGCCCAAACUGGAGACUUCAAACGACAGCAAGAGAGUCGCAGGGGAGACACUGUUCUGGGUCAGUACUCUCUUCUGCAGCCUGAUGGAAUUACAAGAACAGUUCACUACCGAGCCGAUGACGAAACAGGGUUUAAUGCUGUUGUAAAGAAUGAAAUUAAAGCUACUAAUGCGCCAUCAGAUAAAAAAGAAGAGAAUGUUAAUGAUGGGUCUGAACGACAGACUGAUGAAAAGUCUGAUGAAAGGCAUCAAGAAGAGCAAUCUCGACAGUCUCCUGAAGGUCAACAAGUGACAACAUCGCCUUUGACCUUAACUCGUACUUCCCUCAUCCAUCGAUCAUACACCAGUGGUCAUAACUCUUGGAUUUAA